UUUACAUGUUUGUUGAGAGAUGGCGGGAGAAGACUCACACAAAUCUUGUCUUGUUGUUAAAUGGAGUGGGAAUGAGUACAGUGUCAAUGUAGACGACGAUUUUACUGUGUUAGACUUAAAGAAAGAAAUAAAAAAUGUGACCGGGGUUUUACCGGAAAGACAAAAAAUAAUGGGCAUGAAAUUUAAAGGAAAGCCACCUGAAGAUACUGUUUUACUGACAGAUAUGAAAUUGAAACCAAACACAAAAUUAAUGAUGAUGGGGACAAGAGAAGAGGAACUUGAUAAAGUGAAGGAACCUCCCCCAGAUCUACCAGAAGUUAUAAAUGAUUUUGAUAUAGAAGAAGAAGAAAUUGCUAUAGAGAACAGAGAAGAAUAUUUAGCAAAGAUUGAAAGAAGAGUAAAAGAGUAUAAAAUUGAAGUUAUGAAUGAACCAAGACCAGGAAAAAAACUCUUAGUUUUAGAUAUAGAUUACACAUUAUUUGAUCACAGGUCAGUGGCAGAGCAAUUUAAUGAGUUGAUCAGACCAUUUUUACAUGAGUUUUUACAGUCUGCCUAUGAACAUUAUGAUAUUGUAAUAUGGUCUGCAACAUCGAUGAAAUGGAUUGAAGUGAAAAUGAAAGAACUGGGUGUUACUAGUAAUUCUAAUUAUAAACUAUGUUUUAUGUUAGACUCACUGGCAAUGAUAAGUGUACACACACCAAAAUAUGGAGUCAUAGAGGUAAAACCAUUAGGUGUCAUAUGGGGCAAAUAUAAGCAAUGGGAUGCAUCCAACACAAUAAUGUUUGAUGAUAUCAGAAGAAACUUUAUAAUGAACCCAAAAACAGGACUCAGAAUCCGAGCUUUUAGAGAAGCACAUUUGAAUCGACACAAAGACACGGAGCUUUUAAAAUUAUCAAAAUAUCUUAAAGAUAUAUCAAAUGUAGAAGAUUUUACAGAAUUAAAUCACAGAAAUUGGGAAAGAUACAGACCCAAGAGGAAGCAUGAUAAAACAGAGUCUGAAGAUGCUGUGUGAUGCUUAGCUGUUUUUAGUUGGGUUUUUUUUUUUGUGAUGCACCCAGAGACAGUAGCCAAUAUCCUCAAUCUUAACUUUUUUUCAAUGCACACAUUAAGAAGAGGAAGUUCUGUUACGGAUGUGGAAAUAUUGAGAUUAACUAUUUGAUGACUUUGUUUUGUUAUAGCAUUUUUAGUUAUAAUAUCAUAGCUAGCGAACAAGCGAUAUGUACGAAUCAUAGAGCUUUCUAGUUCAUGACCUAUAGAAGUAAUAUUUGAUUCUUGUUACUUGAAUUGAUAAAGUCUUUGUGUGAUCAUUUAUUAAACUAACCAUUGUUAAUAGAUUUCUGUAGCAGUCAUAGGCGGAUCCAGGGGGGGGGGCCUGGGGGGCCUCCCCCUUUCGUGGAAAAAAUUUGGUUGAUUAUAUAGGGAAUCACUGAAGCAUGACUGGAGCGGGCCCCCCCCCCCCCCCCCCCC